UUUGGGUUCUGGCUGUCCCCUUUGUAAAGGAAAUUCUGCUGGUUCCGAUAAAAGGUAGGCGUUUUUGUCUUGGAGUUUAAUAAAGUUUACUCCCUGCUGAAGUGGAUCAGAACUUAAAUAAUGGGUCGUUGUGGACCGACCCUGUUGGAGGCAGCUGACCGAAACCGACAGAACUUCCUGUUAAGGCCCGGUUCUGCUGCAGACCCCCCUGGUGGUCUGUUUGGGGUUAGCAGCUUAUUGAUGAUGGGAUGGAUCUGGAUUGGACCGGAUCUGGGUUGUCCUACAGUGAAACCUGCUCACUAAGUUCUGGAGGUGGUCCAGAACAGAAGGUCCAGAUUGGUUGUGACCAUAAAUCUGGAGGAGUUCUGUUGCAGUUUCAUCAACAUGAUGAAGAUCUUCACCUGGUUCUGGAGCACCAGGUCCAGGUUUUCUUCAGGUGUGUUAAAGUGUAAUUACAGUCUUUGGUUCUGAUCCGUUUACCAAGGUUGUGUUAACAACAUGUAAAAUGGGGUAGUAGGUGGGGGUUAGUAGGUGAUGUCACUUCCUGUCCAGGCUCCGGUGUCGUAGGUGAUGUCACUUCCUGUCCCGGCCCAGAUGCAGGUGUUCCUGUGGUUCCUCCUGACGUUCCUGCUGGGCGCCGGCGCCGCUCCCGCUGCAGAUGAGGUCACCUUCCUUCCUGGGCUCCAGAAGCAGCCGAGCUUCAGGCAGUACUCUGGAUACCUGACCGUGGCUGAUGGGAAACACCUUCACUACUGGUUUGUGGAGUCUCAGAACAAGCCGUCGUCCGACCCGGUGGUUCUGUGGCUGAACGGCGGUCCGGGCUGCAGCUCAUUGGACGGACUGCUCACCGAGCAUGGACCCUUCCUGAUCCAGGACGAUGGAGUGACGCUGCAGUACAACCCGUAUUCCUGGAACAAGAUUGCCAACAUGUUGUACCUGGAGUCUCCAGUGGGUGUUGGCUUCUCGUACUCUGACGAUAAGAAUUACAAAACCAAUGACACUGAGGUGUCCAUGAACAACUACCUGGCUCUGAAGGAGUUCUUCCGGCUGUUUCCAGAGUACAGCAGCAACGAGCUCUACCUGACUGGAGAAAGUUACGGUGGGAUCUACAUCCCGACGCUCGCCGAGCGAGUCAUGGAGGACUCCAGCCUGAACCUGCAGGGCGUUGCUGUGGGCAACGGGAUGUCGAGCUACGAGCUGAAUGAUAACUCUCUGGUUUACUUCGCCUACUACCACGGCCUGCUGGGCAGCCAGCUGUGGGCGGAGCUUCAGAUGUACUGCUGCAGCGGCGGGAAGUGUGAUUUCUACAACAACCAGAACCCCAACUGCAGUGAUAAGCUGUCAGACGUCCAGACAAUCAUUUACAAUUCAGGGCUCAACAUUUACAACCUGUACGCUCCGUGUGCAGGUGGAGUCCCUCACAGAUUCAGUUUGGACAAUGGGCAGCUGGUGGUCAGAGAUAUGGGGAACAUCUUCAUCAAACAUCAGGGGACUCGCCAGUGGAACCAGAAGCUGAUGAGUCUGGCUGCUGUGCACCUGUCCGUCCGCCUGGAUCCGCCCUGCACCAACUCCACGCCGUCCAGUCUCUACUUGAACAACGCGUACGUCAAGAAAGCUCUGCACAUCAGUCCCCACGCUCUGGACUGGGCCAUCUGCAGUUCUGAGGUGAACAUGAUGUACGGCCGGCUCUACAUGGACGUCAGGAAGCAGUACCUAAAACUGCUUUCAGCUCUGAAGUACCGGGUCCUAGUUUACAACGGAGACGUGGACAUGGCCUGCAACUUCAUGGGUGACGAGUGGUUUGUGGAGUCUCUACAGCAGAAGGUGGAGGUCCAGCGGCGUCCCUGGGUCUAUGACAGUCUGAAUGGUCAUCAGAUCGGAGGCUUCGUUAAAGAGUUUGACAACAUAGCCUUCCUCACGGUGAAGGGCUCUGGUCACAUGGUUCCAACAGAUAAACCUGUUGCCGCCUUCGCCAUGUUCACCAGGUUCAUCAAGAAGCAGCCGUACUGACCUGACCCGUUUGGACCUGCUCGGCUGCCGUACUCUCAGGGUGUUUUUCUUUUUAUACCUCCGUCAAAAUGGGUGUCUUAUAAAAAAUAUUAAUCGAAUGUCUUCUUUGUGUUGACUCCAUAUCCAUGGAAACGAGCACUGCUUGUUGAUUUUCUGACGGUGAAAUGUUGGUUUGAAGAGAAAUGAAAAUAAACUCCAAUUUGAACCAAA